AUUCUUAUUCCAAUCCAAUCCAAUCUUUUCGAUAUGAUCAAUUGUAUAAGACAGAGACUUUGACUCAUCAACCACAUAUAUACUUUACAUUUAUUUCCUCAUCAUCAAAUUAUAAUAAUUCAAACCAUGAGUAGUGAGAUUAUGCGAAAUUCCCAUGAAUGGUUUCAACAACAACAACAACAGCACCGGUACUUCAACGGCGGCGGCGGACAGACGGUUUAUCCGUCCAGCCCCACCAGCACUCUGUCUCACGACGGCAUAACAGUAGUCACAACCGAAGGCGGCAGUACUGCACCGUUAAUCAGUACUAGUGACAAAUCCAAGGGACUCGGUAAAACAAUCCGCAGGCGAUCCCGGGCUUCAAAGAAGACCCCGGUCACCCUUCUCAAUGCCGACGUUAAAGACUUCAGGGCACUUGUGCAGCGAUUCACAGGCUGCUCUAGUUCUGAGAUCUCCUUUGCCAACCGUAAAGGACCCGUCAAUUUGAACUUUGCUGCCUCCCAGGAUCAUCACCGUUUCUUUCUUCCUACUGCUAAUUCAGCACCAUCUCAAAAUGGGUUCAACUCCAAUAAUAAUAAUAACUACCACCACCAUCAGCAGCAGCAGCAGCAGCAGCAGGCAGCUUGGAGACCAGAGGCGGAAGAUGGUCACUACUUUAAAAAUGGGGGAAUAUUAAUGCGCAGUAAUGGAGUUCAGGAAGAGGAACUUGGAGUGAAUUAUAAUACUAAUAAUAAUAAUAUGCAAACAGUAGAUCAGUUUCAGAGUUUGGAUGAUAUUCUGGAGAUGGAUGAUAUUAAUGGAACUUCUCUACAUGACCUUAUAGGCGAUAUUAUUGCUUAGGGUUUAGGGUUUGUUUUUGUAGACGUCCACCACCAACAUCAUCAUCAUCAUCAUCUAUAAUUGUCUUUUUUAUUGUACCUAGCUAGUUAACUUAAUUUACUCUGUUUAUGUAACUUAGUUAUAUAUAUAUAUAUAAAUUCUCUUUCCAUA